AAUGAUCAUCAAUGAAUUGCAGACUAUCAUCAACUUUAUCCAACAAGCUUAUCUAAAUGAAGUGCAACAUCAAUAUGUUUUUCCAAUGAGAUAUAAACCUUUGUUAAAUAAUGCAAGCACAAGUAAUAUUGACAGCUAUUGCUUCAGGCAAGCCACACUUUUUAUUCUCAUUUUUACUCCCUCUCAAAAAAAAUAACAAAAUACAUUUGACAAAAAAAAAAAAUCCCCCAAAAACCUAAAGAUUGGCCAAAUCUUUCAGUGUAAAAGUGAACAACUUUAUUUACAGAGCAGAAUCAAAUUAGAUAUCCGGUAUUUGGUUAACCAUCAGACGCACACACUCCUCUACAACUCUCAGUGUUCAUUGAUAAGAAAACACCAUCUUACUCAAUCCACAUCAUACCUCGGGACCUCUUCUUCCUGUGAUGUCCCUCUCGACCAAUGGGAAUGCCGAAGAGACACAGCUCCCUCCCUGUUUGAACAAAGGAGGCUGGCUCAGCGAGAUCUGACAGUUACGGCUUCAGGCGGGCGGGUGGCUGGCUUGACUAGCUUAUUUACAGUUGAACUGUUUCUCUGAUUGAACAACACUGGGGGAGAGAGUCUCACUCUGGCAACUCAUUGUGGAGGUAGAUCGCUGUGAAAACACUUCCAGCAGACUGUGGGUCCACACCAGUGGCUUGAUUCCCAGAUCCUUAAUUGUGCUGGUUUUUUGUCUUUCAAUCAUAAGCGUGAUCAUCACCUGUGACCUGCAAGCUGGCCAGUUCAUGGGUGUUCUGUGUGUUGUUUUCAAUAUACACUGAGACCCUUACUCGGCUGAUCAAGUCUUGCCUGGACUUCCUAGGGUUGCCAACAAAACAUAUUGUUGUGAAAACAAUCCCUCCGUGAGUUGGUAUAUAACAGAGUGUUACCCAUGUCUACCAGCAUAUUCCCCACCAGCUGUUGGACAACGCUUGUUACCUUUGCACCUUAUCACUGGAAAAAUAACUUUCAAAGAUGAUUCUUGGAGCGAUCGACGGAAUCCCAGAAACUUGCAACUGGCUUGAGUGUACUAUGGAAACAGAUGCAAGUAUACACGACCACAUGUCUACAGAUGAAAUGUAUAUGGUGCUUCAAUCAGAUAUGGUUAAUAUCAAACAGCAGGAACAGGCCCUCAAGACAGAGAUAGUGAGCAUCAAAAACAAGUUCUUAAAUCUGCUGCAGCACUGCGGUCUGGAAAAUGAAUUCGCCUUUACUGCACAUCACGUGACCAUGGCAACAGCUGCAGAUGGCCCUACGACGACAUCAUCCGAUCGCAGUACCUGCAACCUGCACUACAGCUAUGCCGACUUCCUCAUUGAGCAGCUGCUCGCCAGCACUAGCGGCCUCACAGACUCUGACCUGUCUCCGAGCCCCGAGGAAACCCGCAACGUGUUUGAUGACACUACUUCAGCCCCAGCAGACCAGGUGGAGGCGCACAACUCUCUCAACAGUCCCGGCAAUGGAGUCCGAAACCGCAACUAUGACAACAGUAAUAAUAUGUUGCAAGUGCUUCAGGAGGCUAACAUCAAGGUGCUUCCAAACCAGUUGGACUCGACAACCUCUGAGAACUGUGUGCCGUCCAGUGCUUCCUCAGACUCCUACCCUCCUUCAACACCUGAGGAUUUAUUCUCCGACAACCAAGUUGUGCCUGAUCUUGAUCUGGAGAAGGAACUCAUGUCACGUGUUAAGUACUAUUCAGACUUUACCAUCGAUCGUCAGAGGAAGAUCAAUGAGUUGCUCAAUAAAUCCAAGAACCUUAGCAGCUGUCGUCCUAAAGUGUUUCCUGGUGAGAAUAUUUCUCAGAGAAUGGUGGAAGGAGCCGAAUCAAAACCAGCAUGCAUGCAGCGUAUCAUUGUCAGGAGAGCACCAAGCAGUUCAGCAUCGAGUAGAGCCACCUCCUCAUCAUCUGGAAACAGCACUUAUUAUCCCUCAAAAAGUAAGAACAAGACAUCUUCAUCCAGAGCUUCUAGAACGAGCAGUCAUCCACUCAUGUCUUCUACGCUCAUCUAUGAACCAACAUCGAACCUUCCCAGCAGCAGCACUUCGGGUGACAGUGUGUAUACCUGGUCCAUCGAUGAGAACUCAGAGCCUGGCAAUCUCGAGCAGUCGUAUCUCCGUAGCCGACACCGCAGUCAGCGUUCAAAGAACAGAAAGUCGAAUUUGAAUGUGUCCAGAUGUUCCACCAGACGUCAUCAUCGGCAGCAGAACCAGUCAUCAGCCCUGCAUCUCACUGGACUUGUUUCCAUCAUUGAGCCAGCUUCUUGUGUCAAGAAAGACAACUGUGCUAGAAAUAUGUGUGACGAUACAGAACUUGGAUUCAAGUCUCAGACUCUUCCACGCACCAGCACCAGAAUCAACCUGUUUGCUGCUGACUCUUCAUGUUCGAUGCCAAACGUUAAUGGACAUCCAUCUUCCGACAGCUCAUCUCCUCUCCACGAGCGUACUGAACUUCCAGGCAAGUCCAGUACCAGUGAGGGCAGCAAUUAUGCUACAAACUUUGGUGGCUGUUCUACACUUACUUCGAUGAUGGUUGCACCUAACGUGACAGAAUGUUCUCGACUGACAACGGAAGCAGAUUCCUGCCUCAUUGAUUCCAUUCUCACGGACAGUCCUAAGAGUGUGGACAGCAGUGGAAUCUUUGCCCCAUACAACUCUCCCCAUGCCAGCAGCGUGAGUUCUCGAUGUGGCUACACCACAGUCAGCAGCAGCAUUCCCUCGACCUCCAGUAAUGACUACUGUGACUACAGGGGUCCACUUCCAACACCAGCCACUGUGAAAGCCUCCGACCCGAUCUUCAAGAUCCCUCACAGCCCCAUCGCUCGGUCCAAGACCUGCCGCAGGAAGACCUCCACCAGUCGCAGUCCCAGUGUCAGGACGUCCACUCCUCGGCCGUUUCACUCCAACGCUGGAUCCAUGCACAGCGCUCCCGCCAUGAGGAGGAAGUUGUUUGAACUCAACAACAACGGUCAGCUGAUAGGAGAGCCCCGCAUCCUGGAUAAGAAAGCCAUUGUCCGAAAGUUCAAGAAGUUCAGUCAUCACUUCAAGAAGGAUCACACAGACAAGAUCAAAACCCUGGCCAACUUGUGAACAUUCGGACAUAUCCACUAAUACUUGUAUCCAUAAAUGGAUCCGGCAGUGUUGUGAAAAGUCAAAAUGUGAUAUGUGUUUUUGUGACAAGCCUAACUUCUAUAACAAGUCUUUCUUUUGUAGUGUAAAUUGUUAGUGAUUUAGGAUUCAGUCAGUUAGGUUGUGAAACUAUUUCUUCUUUUUUUAUUACUUUCCACAACAUUUACCUUCAUUACACCAUACAACAAUCUUUCAUUUGUGAUGAGCAACUUUCAUAUUCAGUAUUAUUAAUCUUUUUGCAAGAUUAACGAUUAUGAACUUUAACCUGUGAUCUUCUCUCAGGUUGUAUAUACUAUGUAUGAAUUUUUUGAUGUAUGAUAAAAUGUGUUUUAUGUUACAAGAACAUAACAUGCACCACGCAGACACAACCCAGUAAAAGACAGAUGCCAGUAUGCCCAUGAUGGCAGGCUGUGUAGAAAGUGUAUAUAAUAUGUAAAUGAGAUGAUAUGAUGCUUAAAUUAUUUUGUCUAACCAAGCAGUGCUACUGAGUCUAUUUUUCAUUGUCUAGUCAUGUGACAUGUGCAUGUAUGAUGAAAUAAAUGAAAAAUAGUAAUUA